AUGACUGAUAUAAAAGACCUACAAAUCGCCAUUCUAGGCGCUGGGAUGGGCGGCCUAGGAGCUGCCCUCGCUCUCGCCAAAAGAGGGUUCAAGAACAUCGAUGUCUAUGAGACGGCCAGUAAUCUUGGUUUUGUGGGAGCGGGUAUCCAGAUGCCUCCUAAUGUGGGAAGGAUUCUUGAUAGGUUAGGUUGUUGGGAUGAUAUUGAACGGGAAGCAACUCGUGUGGCUGGCAGCAGUAUUCGACAGGGCUCAACCAAUAUUGAACUUGCACAUGUGGACAUGCCAGACAUCAAGGGCAAAUACGGGUACUCCCACCUCUGCGGCCACAGAUCAUCUCUGGCUGGUCACAUGUACGAGGCGUGCAAGAAACAUGAAAGCAUCACCUUCAACUUCUCAACAAGCUUAGUCGAGAUUGAGUCUUUCUCUCCUCGAGCAUCCUUCAAGCUCAAGCCAAGAGAUGGAGAGCCCUUUACACGUCAAGCCGAUAUUCUCCUCGGCGCAGACGGUAUCAAAAGUGUUACUCGCUCUCAGAUCCUGCAGCAAGUUAACGCCACGCCUGAAGAGGCAGAGACUGGCCAAGCUGCCUACCGCAUCAUGCUCAACCGGGAAGACAUGGCGCAUGAUCCUGAACUUCUGGCUCUUAUUGACAGUGACGAGGUUGUGCGGUGGGUGGGAGAGAAGAGACAUAUCAUCGCCUACUCUAUCGCUGAUAAGUCUAUCUAUAACUUGUCAACUGUUCAGCCAGAUGAGAACUUUGCUACCGCCCCGUCCAUAACUUACACAACAAAGGGAUCCAAGGAGGUCAUGUUGAAUGUCUUCAAGGAAUUCUGCCCUCUCGUGCAAAAGAUGCUUAACCUUGUUCCUGAGGGAGAGGUCUGCGAGUGGCGAUUGAGGAUGUACAAGCCUUUACCGACUUGGACGAAUGGUGUAGUCACCUUGAUAGGAGAUGCUUGCCAUCCAACGCUCCCUCACCUUAGCCAGGGAGCUGCCAUGGCUAUUGAAGAUGGCUCGACAAUCGCGGAAGUUCUUUGCCUUGCCCCCGAUACCAAGCCGGAGACUAUCGCCAAGUGUCUCAAGGUAUACGAGCUAUCUCGAAAGGAAUGGACAUCGAGUCUCGUUGAAAUGGCGUAUUUAUCUGGUCGAACUUUGCAUCUGGGCGAAGGAAAAGCAAAGGAGGAGAGAGAUAGGAUGUUCAAGGAGCACAAGACCAGUGGCUCGGUUCCCGAUAAGUGGACGUCGCCUGACGUGCAGAAAAUGAUCUACUCGAAUGACUGUGUCGCAAAGGUCAGGGAUGAGUUUGAGACACUCUUUGCCGCAGCAUAG